AGUCAGAAUGAGAUCAAACGCCCGGCGGGCCUCCGCCAUCGGGGCCCAAGAGAAUGGCAGCUGAGUUGAAGACCUGGGAUGGCUCCCUGGAUGAGGAGAAGGGGCGACGUGCCCUUCUUGGAGCUCACUUGCUGCCCAACAGGUACAAUAAGGUUUGCACCAUGGGCCCAGGGCAGGCCCUAAUGUGGGGCAUUUCGGCAAAGCCCAUCAACACCCUGCAGUUUGGUCCCGAUUGUCCGGAAGAUUCCCGGCAUCGCGUCUUGAUCACCAAGACCACGCCACCCGUCCUCUUGCUGGAGCUCAAUGCCGUCGCGACCUUCAAUAUGAUGGAUGCAGACACCUCCCAAGAUAUCUUGUAUGGGAUGGAUGCGGUCCUACAGCUCUUGAAAAGUCCGAAGACGGUGAACAAGCCCUUGGCCUAUGUCAUUCAAGGAUCUGGUCCACACUUCUGUCCAGGUGGAAAUCCCAACCCGAAGCUGUACCCGGGACACAUCGCAUUGACGGUGAACCAGUAUGCUGGCUACUUACCCUUCAUUCGAUGUCGAGAGAUCGCGCUCCCGGGGAUUUGUGCCUUGCACGGCUCUAUGGUGGGAGGCGGAGUCGCCUACUCUCUGAACAACCCCGUUCGAUUCGCGGACAGCAAGGCCUCUGCAUGCUUCGGCAACUUGAGUCGUGGAGCUGUUCCUGGAAUGGUGCUCUCAUCCAACAUCCCACAGGCCUUGGGAUUGCAGGGUGCUUUGGACAUUUACCUCACGGACAGCACCUAUUCGACCUAUGCCUGUGUGAAAGCUGGGUAUCUCCAUGGAGUCCAGUCCAGCAUCUCGGGCGUGAAGCAGGAAGCACUGAAGCAGGCACGGCGCCUGGGACAGUCUCCGCUGGGCAUGCGAAUUGUAGGCAUCAAGCCUGAGUUGGACGUGGAGCGCUUCGGCCUUGAAGCCUGGGCCAUUGACCUGGGUGCCCGAACGGAAGGCGUCUUCCGGAAUGUUGGUGGCAAAAGCCCCAAGGAGCGUGAGGCUGAAGCGAAGGCCCAGGAAGCUGCCAAGAAGGCGGGAGAAGAUGAUAAGCCAAAGCAAGAGGACUGGAACGAAUGGCGAAGAAGGCAGAUCCAGCCGAAGAAGCGGCCCAAGCGGCGUGCCAAGCGGCCUGCAGGAUAAGCAGGUCCACAGCCGAGGUGGGGCCCCCCCCGCGCGGCCGACCGGACCGACCUCGAUACUCUUCCUCUUCCAAGUUCCGCCUUCUGACUGAGCCGUGUGCGUCGGGCGACAGUGGCCUGGAACAUGUAAGCCCCAAAUAGCAGGAAACCCA